AUGGCGCAGCAGACUCUUUCCAUGGAGGCCCGGACCGGCCGUAGCAACCAGCGCUACGGCAGCAACGGAGAACGUCUUGUUGCCGGCAUUGUGCCCCUCUCCGCCGACAAGUACUACGUCCUCCUGAUCCAAUCCACCAGUCACAACAAGUGGGUCCUUCCCAAGGGCGGCUGGGAGACGGACGAAGCGACUGCACAAGAUGCAGCUUGCCGCGAGGCCUGGGAGGAGGCCGGCAUUGUGUGCAAGGUCACCUACGACCUCGGGGCCAUCGAUGAGAGACGCAGCCCUUCGCAGUUCACCAAAGAGGCGCCGCGCGCCAGCUACCAUUUCUUCGAGGCCACCGUCGAGCGCAUGGAGAACCAGUGGCCCGAGGCGCACAAGAGAAAUCGCAAGUGGUGCACCUACGCCGAAGCCGCCCAGGCGCUGAAGGACCGCCCGGAGCUACUGGCCGCCCUCAACAAGUGCACCAUGCACCGGUAG